AUGUCAGCAGCAUUAGUGCAACUACUCCAAGAAUAUAAGGAGAUAUUUGCCUACACGGUAGAAGAGAUGCCCGGUAUAGACCCGGCGGUGGCCGUGCAUAAGUUGAAUGUGGACAGUACUGUGAAGCCAUGGAUAGUGCAUGUGGACGGCUCUGCCACUCAGAACGGGUCAGGAGCCGGCAUUAUCUGUGAGUCACCAGAAGGAGAUAUCUAUGAAUAUGCAAUGCGAUUUAACUUUCAGGCGUCAAACAACGAAGCUGAAUACGAAGCCCUGAUAUGUGGAAUUCAGAUGAGCAGAGCCGGAGGGGCAGCAGACGUCCUGGUUUUGUCUGACUCGCAAUUAAUUGUCAGUCAGGUCAAAGGAGAGUAUGAGGUUAAGGACGAGGCCAUGAUAAGAUAUUUGGAAAAAGUCCGCCAAGAAGCCCAACAGCUGUCUAACUUUGAAGUAAAACACAUCCCCGGUCUGAAAAUAACAAGGCAGACGCUUUAUCUAAACUGGCAAGCUCAGCAUCCUGCGACACGCCACGUCAUGUAUUCUGGGAGGUAA